AGUGACUAUUUCCAUUUUACUGAAAUGAAUUGCUAAAAUCCAACUAAUAUCAACAGUAAAUAAAUACCUUGUACUGUUCAAUCAGUAAUAAUUGCGAAAAUGACCGAAUAAUCAAUAGAAAUCAACUGUUGAAACAGUAAUAUUGAAUUGGUGGUUGUGUUCAUUGCGUUCAAUGUGCCUAUAAUGGCGGUUUUUGCUUUUUGAGUGCUGUCAUGGAGAACUUGAAUUACGUUGUUUAUAAGAAUAAAAAAUACAGAAUACCGUGCUGCCCGCUUUGUGUACAAGAACUUUCAUUAAAAUAUUUGAACACGUUGAGCCAAAGGAAUUCGUACAUGAAAGAAAUCAUUUUGCUUCGUAAAGAACUUAAACGUCUACGAAGAUUGGCGAAUGAUAACCGUAACAGAUAAGCAGCUGUAUAUUCUCUUCAUUGUAAGUAUUCGUUACUCAAAGACAUAAUACUAUGUACCUAUAGGCCUACAAACAAAACUUGCUAACUAUCGCAGAAACGUUGUGUUCCGUGAAUAAAACUGAUAUCAGUAGCAGUCAUUCUCUUCAUACUUCAUUGUGCCGAAACGUAAGGUUGGCGCUCGGUAAACUGAUGGAUUUACGUGGGUUCUUGGAACAAAACGGGCUAAAAAAAGAAGAAAUCGAUGUUCUGAUCGUUGAACACUGAUCUGAGUAUACUAAACGCACUAUAAACAGAAUUGGAAAAGAAAGAAUUAUUGCAAGCCGCUGUUAACGUUGUGAUUUGUACCGAUAUAAUCUCCUGUACCUAUAUCUACGUGUAAACUUCUUUACUUCGAUUAAGAAAGCCUGUUUCCGUGUUCGAAUGGUGGUGUUCUAACUUGAAGAGAUACCUAGAUCAAGAACUCGAUAUAGAUACAUUCCGAGAUCUUACAGAAGAUGACCUCCGCCAGAUGGGGUUUAAAAUAGGUCCGAUCAAAAAAAUUAUUCGUAUAAAAAACAGUAUUCAGAGCAUUUCGCCGGUGGAUACUAGUGAAGCAGAUUUGCAGCAGGCUAUAUUACUGAAUAACCAAUUCAAAGUCAUUGAUAAGGUACCACUCAACGGUAAUGAUGAACUGCCCGAGGAAAAUCUGUUGCUGCAUAUGUCCCAGGAGUGCAAUAGAAGUUUAUACUUUAUCGGAAGUUCAACACCGUCAUCUGGGCCUACUUCUCAAAGCAGUCCAACAUCGCCAGGCACGCCAAGCACAGCAUCAACACCAUCACCUAAUACCGCUCAAAGCAGGUCAAGCAUGCCAUCAGAUCCAGAGGAGAGUGAUCCUUUGAAAACAGUUGAUGUUUCAUCAAUCAUGUCUUACCCUUCGAUAAAAGAAGCCCUCUUGGGUCAUCCAAAAGGACCUCCAAUUUUGGAAGCAAUUAAUAAUGGUCAAUUCGACGAACGGUGCCGUCGUGUGUUGGUACGAAUUUUAACGAGCGAACUGGUGAAGCAUUGCGGAAAUUACCCUUCUGAUGAGCAAAAAUAUGCAUUGGCUCAAGCAUUGGUUGAAGCAUUUCCGGAGUUAAGAUGCGAUCUGUCAACUAUCGGUUGUGAACAGUACUUCGAUCCUGUCACCAAAAAGGGUUUCAUCAGUUAUAGACUCGAAAACAUGAGAAAAAAUCUAGCUAUUGGAGAGAAAAAGUAUGCGAAGAGGAAAAAGAAACUUUCUCAAGAAAACACUGAUGCGGAUACCAUCACGUUAUCUAUAUCAGAGAAUGAAAUACUCCAAAAAAUUGAACUCAUGAAUAACACCCUACCAAAUGUCGCAAACAAAGCAUCAAUCGAAAAAAAUAUGUUUGACACGUUCCACGCUCGAAGGGAAUGGAUUCAUAGGCCAAACGAAGAUGUUAGCAAACAGCCUACAGUACUCGAAAUCGUUGAUAAAUUUCCAAGAAUAAUUGAUUACAACGGAGAACUCAUGGAAAAGGAAUAUCAGCGGAUGACAGAAAAUGGAAUUGAAAACUCAAAUGGGUUGUUAACUGUUUUUCCAGUUACAUACACGAAACGAAUUCUGGAAUAUUGCAAAGCCAACAGCUUGCCACUGUAUGAAGAUUUGAUUAAAGAUGAUGAUCUCCGAGCAUUGGCAUUGUUAAUUGGGUUGCUGCCAAGGUCAAAUUUUGCAACUAAAAGAAAAGCCAAUGAGAACGUUACAAGAAGUUCAAAUUCGUUUCCAAUGCCUCAAUUUUUGAUAAUUAAACCGAAUGGAAUCAGCAUUGAAGAGGAAUUAGCCAAGAUGAGUUCGGAGUGUACUCAGCAAGCAUUCAUCUUGGCUGUGGAGACAAAAUUUUCAAAAUACGUUUAUUUCCUGGUGUCGGAUGCAAAGCCAGUGCCGUUGGCACCUGAAACAUCGGCGCUGGCUGCAGUAACCGCUCUGCGACAGUUCCAUUACGUGUUCAAUAUCGAAUAUGCUAAGGAACUGAAAUUUUUUUACAAUUUUAUCGAUUGUGUUGUUAUGAAUAGAAAAAGUAUGAAAAUACUUCCUUCUGUACGGUCAUUGAAUGUUUCUCUAUUGAAUUUUAAAGUGUAGGCCUAAUAAUUUUUAAAGUGUAUUAAUACGUAUACCUAAUUUUAUUUUAAUUUUUAACGACUUUCUUUAUUUGAAUAAACAUUCCAAUUUUUAAAUUUUUA